UGUCAUGAGGCGCACAUGAUGAAUAUGCAUAAGCGGGAAAGAGAGCGUGGUGAAAGCAAACUCAAAUUUCAGGAGUUUUUCCUGGAGCCAUUUAACAGGAAGACCCGUCAAGAGAACUUGCGCUACAACAAUAUGCUGAAACAAAUAAACAGUCAGUGUACAGCUACUUUAAGACAGUGGAAAGCUGCUCAAAGAUACCUUACCUGUGAACGUGGCCCCUGGAAAGAAAGGAAAGACAACUUGGAACAUUGGAAACUUUCCAAUGUUGAGAAUUACUCACGAAUGAGGCUCAAAUUGGUCCAAAACAUUAAUUUUGAUCCCCAUUCUGAAGCAAGUAAUUUGCGUGAUAACCUGGGUGUUCAGCAAGCAGAACCAUCAAGUGAGUCACUUCUGCUGGAAGCAGUAAAGCAGGUGAAAGUUAGUGACUUAGAAGAUGAUGGACUUGAGCUUCCUGAGGAGGACAACACAGCUACAGUAAGUGAGAAAGAAGAGCAGAGUCAAAAGGAGAAAACAGUGCUGUCCGAGGAGUGUGAACUCAUCACUAUAAUGGAUGUGAUUUCUGGUCGAUUAGAGGUCACCACUCAACAUAUUUAUUUCUAUGAUGGCAGCACAGAAAAAGAAGAAGGUGUUGGUUAUGAUUUUAAGUGGCUCCUUUCUCAGAUCAGAGAGAUUCACUUGCGUCGAUACAACUUA